AUGUCGCGAACAUUUUCCACCGCAGCCCGGCAACUUAAAAAGCUCGCCUGGAGUCUCAAUGGGACAACGAAGGACGUUGCAUGGGUUAAAAACUAUGCGGAAAACGCUAUAGACGUUGUUCCUCAACUGGUUAAUAAAGUUGAUAGUGGUACCUUACAAGGAGACCCUCAUCCGACCCCUAAGAACAACGACCCUCUUCAUGCUUCCAUCGUUUUUCAAAAUGGAACCGCCCGCGUUGUAUCCGCACAUGUUUAUCCCGACGGCACUGUUCUUUUCUCGAAGAAAGAAUACGGACAAGUCAAGCUCUCCCGAGACCCGCAGGCCCCCGAAGGAAGUGGCCCUUCGAGAUAA